GAAGCACCACGAUGUGCCCCACCAGGCACGCGGAUUAUCCGGAGAUAUUUCGAGGUGUCUCGAGCAAUUGUGUGUGGUAUGGAAAUGGCUGGUGGAAGAAAUGCUUCUUUGGGAGAAUUGUCUGCUUUUCUCUGCACCUCAACUGGCAUCUUCUAUCAGUCGGUGAGAGUCUUUCACGGCGAAUAGUGGACUUAUUGUUGGCUGUUUUUUCCCUCCGUGUGUGUACCUCCGAAUUUCCCACAAAAAAAAGGUGCACAAAAAAUUGGAUUUUCUUUUUGCUUGCAUUCUCCUGGGGAUUUAACAACAACGCACCCACGCACCUUGGGAGGAUUUUCUGCAAAAAGGAAUUACUGCAGAAAGGACCCAACGAUGAACUGGAUUUUCUGGGUGACUCUCAGUACUGUGGUGUGUGCCACGUGGGCGGAAUCCCUGUCGGCACCUAGCAAUGAAAUAGACACACCAACCGUAAGGAUAGAUCCCGUCCUCAGGAAGGCUCUCCUCAAGGCCCUGAGCAAUCUCGAGCGCGAAGAGCUAGAGGAUGAGAAUACUACCACAGAGUCAUCGACAACACAGUCUGAGGAGUUACUCGAGGAGAGCACAUCCUCAGAUCACAAGCCACCGUUGGUUCAGUACCACACCUACAUCAUUGAUCGUAACAGCAGCCGACCUGAUGAUGAUAGUGACACCAUCUUCCAAACGAUCAUCCUGCCCAAGACAACCCUAUCGCCACCGAAGCAGUCUGAGAAGAAGAAGAUCAUCUUCAGUGUACCAGAUCCAGUUAAGGACAGUGACAUCAAGAUUGAAACAGUUCAACUGGCACGAAGUGUAACGGCCAAUGUUCAGGCAAAUGAAAUUCACGAUGAUCGACAGCUUGGAAAAACAACUCCUUCGAAGGAUUUGCUAAAGAGCACAACAACAACAUCACUCCCAUCAACAACGACUGUUUCCUCAACGACAACGGAAGCUCCAGUUACGAAUGAAUAUGGUGAGAACAUUGAGGAGGUUCGUGAGGUUCAGAUUCAUCAAGCACCACUAGUGGCAGCUUUCACUGUGCAACAGGAUGAGCAAGGACUCCCAAAGCGCGUUGUGCCAAUCUUUAAGCAUGCUGAACCACUAUCAGCUACAACUGUUCAAUCAGUUCCCGCCAUUCAGAGCCUCUCGCAAUCCCCAAUUCUACCAACACCCAACACCUACCAACAAGCCCUGGAAAAUAAACAACGUGAACUUGAGCAAAAAAUCCAAUUCCUUCAGGCACAGCAACGGCAACAAGAGCAACUCAUUCGGCAGCAUCAGUUGUACCAAGAGCAGCAACACUUGCAGCGUCAGCAACAGAUUCUCCUCGAGCAGCGUCUUCGUCUUGAAGAACAGAGACUCCGACAGCAGCGCUAUGAGCAGGAACAGCGAAUCUUCCGCCUUCAGCAGAGACCCCCAAUCCCACUGAGUCGCCCAACAAAUUCCGACAACAUUCAGCUGCUCUCAAGUGUCUCCCUAACUCCACCCAAUGGAGUCCUCAUUGAGCAACAAUUGCCAAUUAAAGAAGCUGUGAACUUCCGCAAUGCCCCACUAAUCUUCACACAACCACCACACCUGUCCUCAUCACUCCAAGCACCCCAUAGGCCCUUCACGAAUUUCCACAGCGUACCAUCCUUCCCGUCUUCCAAUAGUUUCCCAUCAAGUGGUGAUAGGAAUCGCGUUUUCCGCCAUGAUAGUGAAACGGGUAAUUUUGGGUUCAACAACAACAACAAUAACAACAACUUCCACCAGCAACAGCAACAGUUGAGGCACAUAGCACCAGCACAGAAUGCCAAUCAGCAGCUUCAGAAUCUCUUGUAUCAGUCUGGAAUCUCAGGGCGAUCGCAGGAGGAAGAUUUGAAUAUUAUAACACGGGUAUUGGCACUCAAUCAUGGUAUCACAACACCCCUCAAUAACCUCGUAAGCGGGCGGCAACAGAACUUUGUGUAGAUGGGGAUGGAAGCCUAGUUGGGCCGUGUUCUGAGAUACUUCCGGGAUGUUGGCUUGAUUUAUUUAUUUGUUCUAGAGGAUGAAAGUUAUUAUACUAGAAAAUAUUGAAUUGCAACGCCAUUUUGAAACUAUCCGAUUUAUCAAAAUCGAUCAAGCAGUAUUUUUAGAAUAACUUUGCAUUAAAGCUUUAAAUCGCAACUUAUAUCUCUUGGUGAAAUGUAAAUAAAUAAGAAGAAAAUCAGGAAAUUCUCUCUGAUUGGUUGAUGCUUAAGAGAAGAGUGUUCAUUGGUUAAUUAUAGUUUGACUUAACUUCUCUCCCCGGUGGAGCGUUGGUGCAAAGUUAAUUUGAAUAGAUUAUAAAAUACUUAUUUUAUGCCAGUGUUUAGUUAAACCAUUGAUAAAAAGAUUGUUUGAUCGAUUAUGAUGAAAUUCGUUCUUGAAAUUCGAUUUUUAAGAAAAAAAGCAAAAAAUUGCAUCUUAAUUGUUUUUUUUAGUCUACAAAAUGUGUGAAACAUUUGCUUUAAAGUUUCGUCGUUGAAUUUUUAGUUAUAAAAAAUAUUUCAAAAAUACUUUUCUUAUAUCACCGCUGAAACAUUAACGCAAAUGUUUCAAGAAAUUAUAGACAGAGAGGAUAGAAAUUUCUUUAAAAUAUUUAAUAAAAAGUAAAUCAGCAGAACUUUGAAUAAAAUAACCCCAAAAAAUGAAUAAAAGAAUCAAGUCAACAAUCCCGAAAAAAAUCUCACAGAAAGAGAUAUUCUUUAUCAAAAGGGGAUGAAAUUGUGUUUUAGCGAUUUUUCGUCCUCGCCCCUAAAAAGGGCCCUUCUCUGUAUAGGACAAUCCCCCAACAUUUAAGUCAUCAUCCAUUCCUCAUUUUCAAGUCACAUACUUAGAAGCAAAUCUUGUCCCUGCGUACACAUCUGCUAUUAAGUGAUUGGGAGGAACAAGUCGUGCGAGCCAUGCUAAGAGAAAAAUAAUAAAAAUGAAAAACCACGAGAGAUACAGAUGGACAAAUUGCCACAUUUUUUCUCGGAUAUUUUAGCUUAUUAUAUAUUUAUUAGGUUGUAUAAUUUAAGAUGAGGCCGAAGAUGGUAGAGAAGGAAAUGCAGAUGCUUGAGGAAGAAAAUCAAACUGAUGAGAGUUAAUUAGAGAUAUUUAAAUGAAGAGAUGUUCAACCAUGUUUUAUUCAAAUGAACUCAAAAUAUAUAUAGUAGAAUCGACUGCUCAAUACAUCUUACCCAAAAAACAACAACAAGAUGCUUAAAUACUACUUUAUAUAUAAAAUAUACAAAAAAAAGUUAAUUAUAGAAAGCAAAUCAAUAAGAAAUUUGUUAUUUCUCUGUACAAAAGAAUAUACUCGUGAAUAAAAAAUGUCUGCGAAAAUUAA